UCGGUGGAGAGCAAGCAACUGCUGGCAGGCGAGGAGACCGCCGAGGGCAGCCGGAGCAGGAGGCGGAUGGAUCUAAACCUGUACCUCGGCCUCCCUCCGUUGCCACGGCCUCCUGGCCGGCUCGACGCCGCGCUGGAUUGCCCGGCGUCGUUGCCGAAUUCGGACGGCUCUGCGCCGGAUGCCCCAAGAACGAAUGAGCCGGCCUCGGCGGCGGCCUACUCGCCGUCGAAUGCGCUCUCCACCCCGGAGGAGCAAUCGAUGCUAGAUCCUAUAGUUUAUGCGUGGCUCGACGGCCACAGCACUGAUAGUGAAGAGGGCACUGAUGCUGUUGAGCCGGCUGUGGUGCUUGGCGCGCCCAUGGGCGGUGACAAUGUCUCACCACCGCCGCCUGCUCCUCCUGGUUUGGGAAGGGAUAAUCUUGCACCGUGGGUGGAAAGGUUUGUGCACCCUGGUCGGGUGGCUGUGGCUGGUGGAAUGGAGAUGGUCAGCACGAGCUUAUUGAGGGGGUCCAUUCAAGGGGCAAUUGAGAUUGAAUCAAUGACUCCCGAGUUCCGCAUUCAGAGGUUGAUCCAGGUCAGCCAGCAGCACAGCGGUAUGAGGUCAGGGUUGGCGAACCACAGCCAACGGGCAGCUAGUCCGGAAGCGGAUAGGCUGGUCUGGGCCAUCCGACGCUCCCAUAGCUCCCUAGAUGUGGCAAGGCGGCAAAAGCUGGAUGGCGAUGACAAGGUGGGAGGUAGGGGUGCUGUUAAGAAGGAUGGGUGCUGUGGAUGCAACUCCAGCUUUGAGUGCAAUAUCUGCCUCGACGCGGCUAAAGAGCCCGUGGUUACACCAUGCGGUCACCUCUUCUGCUGGCCAUGCUUGUACCAGUGGCUUCAUGAGCAUUCAGCCCAGUCUGAGUGCCCUGUUUGCAGGGGUGAGGUGCUUGAAGUGAAUGUCACUCCGAUUUAUGGAAGAGGCGGCGAUGAGCGGGAUCCCUCCAGCCUUGAUAUGCCUCCCAGGCCGCGUGCAAACAGAAUGGAGAGCCUGAGGCAGCAGCUGCAAAUGGCAGACACGAGAAGUAUUGCAACAGUGGUGAGGCAGUUGAUAGAAAAUCAGGGUAUAGUGAGAGGCCAACCAAACCCAUCUGGAGGGGUUGAGGUGAAUUUAGUUCCUGCAAGCCGAUCAAGGGCUAGGGCUCGGAGACAGCAAAGGCAAGAUAGCAAUGUCUCACCUUCCAUGCGUGCAAUAAUUGUGAAUAUGGGCAAUGUUGCCCCUGAGAGCAGCAAUCAGGUCCCAUUGCCGCCAUCUAGUGUUGAUAAUGCUGCACUGGCAGUUCCUGCAGCACCUCAGCAGUCAUCAUCUGUGGAGCAACCUUCGACUUCAAGCACCACAGCUGUUAUAGUGGGGAAUCCAGGGUCAAGUAGGAGGUCAAGGCCUUCAGGAUCCACGACCCCAAGAAGAACAAGGAGGAGGCAGCAGUAGGUACCAGAGUGCUGUCAUUCUCUCCAAUAAAACCUAUAGACCAUAUCCGAAUGCUAGUUGUUACCUUGAUUAGGUUCAGAAACACCUCAAGGUUAUAAUGUAGGAACGUACAUGCCAUCGCUUGUUUCCUCCGUUCUCUUACAUAUCGUGUAUGUACCUCCAUGGCAAAGGAAUCGAAAUGUCAGUUUCAGUGUC